AUGGUCACCCUCACCGACGAGCAGCGCGCGGAGGAGCGGUACCGCGCCGACAACUACGACGCCUGGAACGAGUUCUUCCGUCUCCGGCACGAACGGGAACUCGCAGCCUUCAACGGCCCUCCCCUCCUCCAGCACGUAACAACGCCGUCGGCGGCCACCGCUGACAGAGGAAAGGCCCCCGCGUCGCUCCCUCCCCUGGGCGACACGGGCGGCGGAGCAAAUCCCGGCCAGCCACCACCGCAACCCCACCCACCUCCUCCUCUGCCGUCGCCGGUGUGCUCCGUCGGGCAAAGCCCGCGCGGAGCCGGCGGCGGCAGGACCCGUUUCUCCUCCGGCCGGGAGGGGCUGCUCACGGGAUUGGGGAGCCCGUGCCAGCGAGAUUCGCUGCGGGCGUCCAUGGCGGCUGGAGCAGGUGGUGGCGCUGGGGUGGUUGAGCUGGUGGGCGCGGAGGAGGAGCCCUGCGCGCGGCGGCCCGGGCGCUGCGGCUAG